UUUCCAAAGCCCAGACCCUCUUUCCCGCCGCCCUAGCAACCAUUGGUAAACACAGGCGCAUCGCCGACCCUCAUCGCCAUUACGAGAUAGGAAUAACCACGCCGCCCACGACUCGCUCAAUGCAACCCCCAUAAUGACUACGCUCGCAGCAAACGACCAGGAGAACGCCGUCCGCCAUCUGCACGCCGCCGCUGCAGGAAAGUCGCUCAAUGCCGGCCUCAAGGGCUUCAACGCCAAAACACCCGGAAACAAAGCCCCCAAGACGCCAUUCAAGAUCCCUCUCAACGACGAAAAUGCCGUCGGCAGAGCAGGAAACACCAAGGGCAAGGGCAAUGACCUCUUUACCACCAAGACGGGCGGCAAGAUAGACGCAAAUGCCUUUGUUACGCCAGCCGGUCCACGAACUCGCGCGCCGCUGGGCAUGAAGACGACCAACGCCAAGUCUAGGGCCUUCGCAACUCCAGCGCCUCUUUCUUCCGCUGGGAAGACACAGAAACUGAGCCCUCGCAUGCGCCGACCCAAAGUCAAGAUCCACCAGCCUGAAGUCGCCCAAGAGGACGAAGAUGACGUGCCUGAGGUUGAAUACAUGCCCCCCAAGGAGAUUCCGCUCCAAGAUGACAUGGACGAAUUCCUUCCCAAGGACUGGACCAUGCCCAAGAUCACCAACCAGGACAUGGUCCGCGGUAUCUGGCAAGCCUACCACAACCCAAUCGAGGACGACGGAAGGACCCGUGAGCAGCGCAAGUUUGAGGAGGAGAUACAGCAGGGUCGAAAAAAGCGUGAUGAGCAAAUGGAGAAGGUGCUCGCUGCCCAGAUGGCAAAGGACGAUGCUGAGACAAAGGAAUACUAUGGUAUCAAGGAGCCAAAGAAGGAGGCGCCCAAGGCACCCGCUGCGCUCAGGACGAGAACGACUGGACCAUCGACUAUGCGAGCCAGAUCUGCAGCUGCCGCUCUCUCUCCGCCAUCGAAGCCCAGCUAUGCUGCUCCAACCGCAGCUGCAAAGUCGCGUGUGCCCACUGGACUAGUCGCAAGCCGGAAGGGAGCAAAGACUCCUACCCAGCUCACAGCAUCUCGUCAAGCAUCCGCUGCAGCAGCUUCCAAGAGCACCAUCGGCUACGCUCAAGGCCGCGCCGGACGCGCUGCUCCAGCUGCUCGAAAGCCUCUCUCCAACGUUACCAAGCCAGCUCCUUUCUCCGCUGCUUCCCGACCUGCCUCCUCCACCCACAUCCGCAGUGCGAGCACCAACACGGGUACCAUGCGAUCUCGUGGUCCCAUGUCUCGUUGCAGCUCUACCGCCACCGACGCUACACUCGUCACACCUCCAGAGGAGGAGGAGGAGCCGCGCCGCACAGCCGAGGAUGUUGAGCGUGAGCUGGAGCUAUUGCUUCUCUCCCGCUCAGACGACGAGGACGAUGAUGCGUGGAUGAAUAGCUUCAACACCCAACUACAUGGUGCGGAUCCUCUCGAGGAAGAUCAUGAGAACUUCCAGCUCCAGCUCCCUGAAGGACUUUAGGUUCUGAACUGUGGAUGAGCUCAAAAGUUCGGCAUGAGCCCUUGAGUCAUGUCCGUGGUUGUAUUGUAUUGGGUUUGGAGUACCGGUAUUGGAUACCUCUUGUUUAUUCGUGAAUGAUUAUCUGGGUCUGCGUGCUAUCAGAAUCGAUUACCAUGCGUAAUACGUAGUAUAACUGUACUUUGUACCGCUACACAUAUCACUGUCACUACUGCAAAUCACUUCUCAAAU